AUGUACUUCUUCCUCCCCAUCCUGUCCCUGGAUGACAUCUGUUUCAUCUCCACUACAGUCCCAAAGAUGAUUGUGGACAUCCUAACUCACAGCAGGGUCAUCUCCUAUGUGAGCUGCUUGACACAAAUGUCUCUUUUUAUAAAUUUUGGAUGUAUGGAUGACAUGCUACUAACAGUGAUGGCCUACGACCGCUUUGUGGCCAUCUGUCACCCUUUGAGGUACAAUGUCAUCAUGAACCCCAAACUCUGUUGGCUGCUUGUUCUCCUUUCCUUCCUCAUCAGUGUCUUUGAUGGUCUGCUCCUCACCUCCAUGGCACUGCAGCUGUCUUUCUGCACAAACCUGGAGAUUCCUCACUUUUUCUGUGAACUUAAUCAUCUUCUCAAGCUUGCCUGUUCUGAUAUCCUCAUCAAUAAUAUCCUGGUGUAUUUGGUGACAAGCCUGUUGGGUAUUGUUCCUCUCUCUGGGAUAAUUUUCUCUUAUACUCAAAUUUUCUCUUCUGUCCUGAAAAUUCCAUCAUCUGUUGGGAAGUAUAAAGCCUUCUCUGUUUGUGGGUCACACCUAAUAGUCAUUUCCUUGUUCUAUGGGACAGGUUUUGAUGUCAUUAAAGGACAGAGUGACAAGGAAAAGGUACAUGGGAGUGUGGAGAUGGGAGUCACAGCUAACACCCUGGAUGAUCAUGAGGUUUCCAGAGAUGGUGACCAGGUACAUGGAAAGAAACCGGUUGAAGGUGAGAGGCUGAAGUUCUGGAUCAUCUGUCAGUCCCAGGAGAAGGAAUUCUGA